UAGCAGAUAAGAUUUUUUUUGUAGUUAUAAUUACCUUAGUUUGGAAUUGAAUCUCAUUUUUUACUGGAUAUUAUAAUUCUCUCAGCAAAUAAUCCCAAAAUGUCAAGUGUUCAAAGCAUGUUUAAAUUAGCCCUUGUCCAGAUGAAAGUGGGCAAAGAUAAGGUUCAAAACAUCAAGAAAGCUUUAACCAUGAUAUCUCAGGCGAAAUGCGAUGGCUCAACACUUGUAGUUCUUCCGGAGUGCUUCAACAGCCCGUAUGGAACCCGCUACUUCAACGAGUACGCAGAAGAAGUGCCUGAAGGUGAGACAUGCAAGGCGUUAUCUGAGGCAGCUAAAGAAAAUUGCGUCUUCCUGAUCGGUGGUUCGAUACCGGAACGAGAAGGCCAAAAACUUUAUAACACGAGCACUGUGUGGAGCCCUGAGGGUCAACUGCUCUGCAAAUACAGAAAAACACAUUUGUUUGAUAUUGAUAUCCCGGGAAAAAUGACAUUUAAGGAAUCGGAUGUUCUCACCAAAGGGGAAAAAACAGUCACUUUUAAAAUGGGCAACUGCAAAAUCGGACUGGGAAUCUGCUAUGAUAUACGAUUUAAUGAGCUUGCUAAUGUCUAUCGGAAAGAAGGAAUUGAUAUGUUGGUUUAUCCAGGCUGUUUUAAUAGGACAACAGGUCCUCUUCAUUGGGAACUUUUAGCACGUUCAAGAGCAGUAGAUAACCAGGUCUUUGUUGCCGCUGCAAGUGCAGCACCAGAUGAAACUGCUGAUUAUGUCGCCUGGGGUCAUUCAAUGGUGGUCAGCCCCUGGGGCAAAGUCCUCGUUGAUGCUGAAUUCGAAGAGAAGACUGUAGUCACAGAAAUUGAUUUAAAAGAAUGUGAACAAAUGAGGGCUCAGAUUCCAGUUCUGAAACAACGAAGAACCGAUUUGUAUGACACACUGACCAAAUCAAACCUUUGAUUUACUUUUUCAAAA